UCUCGUGCACGUUGAUGUGUUACUAAAUUAGCGGCACGGGUCUUCGUCGGUACCGAGCGGACAGUUUGACUCAGAUCAGAAAUGUCGGUCACGGAGAUGUUCAGCUACAUCCAGGGCUUCCUGAGCGCCGACCAGGACGUCCGAGAGGAUAUCCGUAAGGUGGUCCAGACCUUGGAGCAGACUGCCAGAGAAAUACUGACAGUACUUCAAAGUGUCCAUCAACCAUCUGGAUUUAAAGAAAUUCCCAGUAAAUGCACAAAGGCGCGGGAGUUGUUCUGCACAGUCAGGACACAGAUUGCAGACCUGAAAACAAAAUUUCCUGUGGAGCAGUAUUACAGGUUCCACGAACACUGGCGGUUUGUUCUGCAGCGUUUGGCUUUCUUAGCAGCCUUUGUUGUCUAUCUGGAGACUGAAACUCUUGUGACUCGGGAGGAGGUGGCUCAGAUACUCGGGAUUGAAGUGGUACGAGAGAAAGGCUUUCACCUGGACGUGGAGGACUACCUGGCAGGUGUUCUGAUCAUGGCUAGCGAACUGUCACGCUUGGCCGUGAACAGCGUCACAGCGGGAGACUACAACCGGCCGCUGCGCAUCUCCAACUUCAUCAACGAGCUGGACUCUGGCUUCCGUCUGCUCAACCUGAAGAACGACCCGCUCCGGAAGCGGUACGACGGCCUCAAGUACGACGUGAAGAAGAUCGAGGAGGUGGUUUACGACUUGUCCAUCCGCGGCCUGGCCAAGGAGCCCGAGUCUGUCGGGGACAAAUAGAGCGCCGAGGACCUGAUGGGCUGUGGGAGAAGGAGGAGGAAGCCGCCCCGAACUGGGACCUCUCCGCGGCUGCUGCAGAUUCGAGACCUUAACCCACCUGGAAGGCAAGACCCAGGGAUCUGCCUGAGGUCCCCAGCAGCUGAGGACAGACUGUAUGAGUAUGUGUGUUUGUGUAUGAGCGUGUAUUUGUGCGAAUGCAUGCAUGAGAAGUGCUUCAGAUAGAUGGCAGUCUGUCGGAUGGGUAGCAGAGACGGUGACACCCUCGUGCAGAGCCUUAAGAUCAAAGGUUCGAUUUGUUGCUGGUUUUGGAAAAUGUGUUCUCAGCUUCAUCUAAUUCCUGUGUUACUGUUUCACUGAGCUGGUUUUGCAGCUGUUCGGUCUAAUUUGCAACAGUCAGCAUCCUAUUAUUGAAUCGUGAUGUAUUGAUGUUUAAUUUGUUCAAGAAGACAGAUUGCUCAGAGUGAGGUGUUGCAGCCUUAAUUUCUGUAGUUGUUUUUGUUUGUUUUUCUUUCCAGGAAAAAAAGAAAAGGGGAAAUGUGUUUGUGUUGAGUUGGUGGUAUUUUGUAGGAAAUAUGUUUUUUUUUUAAAAAUGGAUCCAUCCAAACUGAGAUCCAGGAGCCUCAUUUAUGAAGAACAAAUUUGAUGCAACAGUCAGAUGACUAAGUCUGGAUUCCAACAGCCAAUCAGUGCUCCCGAUUUUGAUCAGUUCUGACUUUAAAAACAAAACCUUGGAUUUGGAUCCUUUAAUUUUUUUUAUAAAUGAGGCUUGAGCCAAAGAAAUGAAAAAGAUGCACUUCACCUGAUAUAAAGCUACUGUGAUUAGUUAGAUUUCUGUCUUUUUUUCCACUAAAAAAGUAAAGAACUCCUGCAGAACAGUGUCAAUGAAGAUGUCCGUUGAGCCAUUUCAAUAUUUUGGUUCUCUGGUGAUGAAGCUUUGUCUGGAAACACAAAAUAUUCAGAAUGUCAUGUACUGCAUGUUGUAUGUUCUUUUUAAAUUUUCUCGUUUUUUUUUUUUUUUCACCUAAUAUGACUCGAAGGUUCGUUUCUCUUGUGGACAUCCAUGCUUCUGUUUGCUUCAAUAUUGCAGUGGAGCUGGACUGUAGUUUCAAGAAAUAACUCACAUUCACUCUCUUAACAAUUUGUGCUUUUGUUUCCUGGAGUGAUAAGGUGCAUUCCACUUGUACAAUGUGUAUUCCUGUCUUUGAAGUCCUAAAGAUGCGCAAAAUUACAAAAACAAAUAAACAGAUUCUACAUUUCA